AGUUGAUCUUCUGAAUAACCAGCCUUGACGGACCGGCGGACGCAUCUGUAGACGCGUGCCUCCGCCGCCGUUGCGUUUGUUGUCGGUCUUGGUGCGUACGGCGUUCUGCCCCACUUAAGUUUACUGAUUCGCCUCGACAUUUCAUAUUCACAUUUCACACUCACCGUAUUUUACCCACAGAGUACAAAUUUCAGUUUCGUUGACGUUCUCUGACUAGACUAUAGUAUAGUGAUCUGUGUUUCGUUGUCGGUUAUCAUUCAGCGAAUCAGCGACAAUCGCAGAGCGAAUGGCGAUUGGUUGAAUAGGUACUAGGUAGACUGGCGAGUCGGGCGACGGGCGUUGAAGAAAAGAAAAUGGCAAAAUGGUGUGAUCCAUUGAUCGUUUCUGGAAGUGUCGAGCGCUAUGUAGACGGCGGCGCCAGGAUCCUGGAAGGUGCUAACAGUGCGUUGAUGUUGCAGGUGACAGUGAGAGGCGGGGCGAUGGCUGCCGGCGCUGAGUUUGUCGAGGGCUGGCUAGUCGCCCAGGUGUUGGGGGAAGGUGCUUAUGGCGAAGUGCGGCUACUGGUGCACGCGCGCAGCGGCGCCGCCGUGGCGCUGAAAGUGGCGCGCGGGCCCGCCCGGCCGGACGGGGCCCAGCCGGAUGGGGCCCAGGCCGACGGGGCCGCGCCGGUACAAGCGCGCGAGGCGGCGCUGCACCGCGCGCUGCGCCACCCGCACGUGCUGCGCUGCCUGGGCGAGCGCACGCACCAGGGCCUGCACUACCUGUUCCUGGAGUACGCGGCGGGCGGCGAGCUGUUCGACCGGAUCGAGCCGGACGUGGGCAUGUGCGAGGCGGCGGCGCGGCGCUACUGGCUGCAGCUACUGGCCGGCCUGGAGUACCUGCACGGCCGCGGGGUGGCGCACCGCGACAUCAAACCUGAGAACUUGCUACUGGACGCCCGCGACCAACUGAAGAUCUCUGAUUUUGGCAUGGCGACACUGUUCAGGCACGGCGCGCGCGAGCGACUGCUGGCGCGCGUGUGCGGCACGGUGCCGUACGCCGCGCCCGAGGUGCUGGGCGCCGCCGCGCGGCCGUACCGCGCGCCGCCCGCCGACCUGUGGGCCGCCGCGCUCGUGUUGCUCGCCAUGUUGGCUGGCGAAUUGCCGUGGGAGCGCGCGUGCCCGUCCGACGCGCGAUUCGCGGCCUGGAGCGCGUGGUGGGAAGCGAACUGCGCGGGCGCGGGGCCGCCGCCGGCCGGGCCGUGGCGCAAGCUGAGCGGCGCUGCACUGGCGCUCGUGCGACGCGCGCUGGCGCCCGACGCGAGCCGCCGCGCGGGGCUGUCUGCCCUCAAGGCAGCCACUUGGGCGCGCGCGCGGCUGUGGCCGGAGAACGAGGAGCGCGCGUGGCGUUCCCAGCCCACGGCGGGUGAAGCUACGGACGCGCCCGACGAGCUGUCGGCGGCCGACAUGGAUGCGCUCAUCAGCUACUCGCAGCCCGCGCACGCCGACGACGUCCUGCUGGGGGCCGAGCACCCGCCGGGCGAGCACGCCGUGGGGCGCCGCAUGACGCGCGUGUGGCUGCGCGGGGACGAGGCGCGCGCGCUGGCCGCGCUGGGCGACGCGCUGGCGGCGCGCGGCCACAGCUGGCGCCGCGCGGGCGCGCGCACGCUGGUGGCGGAGCUGGGCGCGGGCGGGGGCGCGGGGGCGGGCGUGCGCCUGCGCGCGGCGGCGCUGCGCUGCGGCGGCUGCACGCUGCUGGAGUUCCGGCGCACGCGCGGCUGCGGGCUGCAGUUCAAGCGCCGCUUCGUAGAGCUGCGGGACGCGCUGCAACACCUGCACGCGCCGGCCCCCGACCCGCACUAGACCUCGACGCUUACUAGCCCCCCGGUAGCAGCAGCGCAAUCCACCGACGAUCCGACGGCUCUCUAAUUAGUAUGUAGUUAUUAUUAAAACGAGUGUUCAUCAUAUAGACUGAAUAAACUAAGACCAUAACAUAGUUUAAGUAAAAAAAUCAUUGAAUUAAUUAAAUAAUGUGCUAUCAGUAACAUUCGUGUCAUGACCAAGAAUAUUGUUAAUAAUAAAAUAUACACUAAUU